AUGUUUUCCAGAUCAUUCAGAAGCAUUCGUCCAUUGAUAAACAAAAGAUUCCAAUCACACGCUGCCGAAGCAUCGAGCGUCAAGCCAUCAACAUUCACCAAUAAAUACAAUUUUGACAUAAAUCCACCACAAGUCCACCACUACUGGAACUACUACAACGGCGCCGCUCUUGUGUUAUUCUGUCCAGCUUUCUUGGCCGUUGCCUACUUAUUCCAAUACACCGGUUCCAACUUGGAAGGAUACGAUGGUUUCAUACAAUACGCCGAUAGCGAAAACUCCCCAUUGAAAACACUCAAAUUCGGUGAAACUCAACAACCAGCCAGAAAAUGA